UCGUGUCCCAUCACCAUGUUCUGGAAGUUUGAUUUGAACACAACGUCGCACGUGGACAAGCUGCUGGACAAGGAGGAUGUGACACUGGAGGAGCUGAUGGACGAGGAUGACGUCCUGCAGGAGUGCAAGGCCCAGAACCGCCGGCUGCUGGACUUCCUGUGCCAGCAGCACUGCAUGGAGCAGCUGGUCACCCUCAUCACCCAUGAGCCCCCCCUGGACAUGGACGAGAAGGUCCGAUUCAAGUACCCCAACACGGCCUGCGAGCUGCUCACCUCGGACGUGCCGCAGAUCAACGACAAGCUGGGCGGGGACGAGACUCUGCUCAACAUCCUCUACGACUUCCUGGAUCACGAGCCUCCCCUGAACCCUUUGCUUGCCAGUUUCUUCAGUAAGACUAUCGGGAACCUCAUUGCCCGGAAAACGGAGCAGGUGAUUGCGUUUCUAAGGAAAAAGGACAAAUUCAUCAGCCUGGUGCUAAAGCACAUCGACACAUCAGCCAUGAUGGACCUGCUGCUGCGGCUCAUCAGCUGCGUGGAGCCCGCGGCGCUGCGGCACGACGUGCUCAACGUGAGCCUGGCACUGCCUGUGGGCAUGGGGAUGGGCUG